GGUUGAUGUCGCUUAACCGGUCGUUCGAUCGAAGACUCAGCGCCUAUGCAGGGCUAAAUUUGCGUUAUGUCGCCAAGGGUUUUAACAGAUGUAAAAGUUGUCGAUAUCCAGAAACGAAAGGUCCCGAGCAAACAUUAUGUUUAUGUGAUAAAUGUCACUUGGUCAGAUGGUAGUGUUAAUGUUGUCUACAGGAGAUAUAGCAAAUUCUUUGACCUUCAGACUAAACUUUUGGAGGAGUUUCCUCAUGAAAGUGGUGUAAAAGAUCCUUCGAAGAGGAUUUUGCCAUUUUUGCCAGGUAAAAUUAUAUUUGGAAGAAGUCAUGUGCGAGAUGUAGCAUUACGUAGAAAGGAACCCAUUGGUGAAUAUUGUAAGGAGCUAAUCUCGCUACCACCCAAGAUAUCCACUAGUGGCACUGUAUUGAAGUUCUUUGAGCCACAACCAGAGGACAUAGACCUUCCAUCUAAGGAGAAAGACAAGAAAAGAAAGGAAAAGGAUUCAGCUGACCACAUAAGUGGGCCAGUUAUGUUGGAACAGUAUGUGGCCAUUGCAGAUUACAAAAAGCAGAAUAGAAAUGAAGUUAACAUGGUUGCGGGAGAUAUUGUGGAAGUUAUUGACAAGAAUGAAAAUGGUUGGUGGUUUGUUAAUGUAGAUGAAGAGCAGGGUUGGGUUCCAGCAGCUUAUCUUGAGCGUGAGGAUGGCAGCUUAGAUGAGUCUGCCAGUCAAUUAGUGACUGAAUCAGGAGAGAGAAUGAUUACAACAACAACCUACAAAGCAGAACUCGAUGAUGAAAUUUCAUUUGAGGUUGGCGUUUUAGUGACCGUGAUAGAGAAGAAUUUUGAUGGAUGGUGGCUUAUUCGGUAUCAGAAUCGCGAGGGUUGGGCGCCAGCCAUGUACCUCAAGAAAGCUGAUCCCUCUCAGCUUGAAGCCAUACGACAUGGUUCAGAGUCUUUAGCGAGAGAGAAAACGGCAAGCGUGGCGAGUGGUGUACAGAGUGCUUCUAGACUUCAUGGCUCCAACAAAACUGGAACGAAAGGUCGGAAAGUGCCUCCAAGGAAGGCUUCGGUCAAAAGGUCCAAAAAGUUGCCAGUUCACAUCACAAACAUGUCGUACGAGAAAACUAUGGCUAUACGCGAUUCACCUACUCCAAAGUCUCCUGAAGUAGAAUAUUUUACCGUUGGCGACUUUCGUUCAUUGGGUGUAGAGGGAGCGUUAAACUUUACAGAAGGAAUGUCUGUGGAAGUUGUCGAGAAAGCUCCAAAUGGAUGGUGGCUAGGAAAAAUCGGUGGAGUAGAGGGUUGGAUACCAUCCUCAUACCUGGGUAAAAGAUUGCUGGAGAAACAACAAGCCAAUAGAGCAGAAUCUUCAAAUGCCUCAAUAAACAUUCCUAAACCCUCCCCUCGUAUUCCAGAAAAAAUUCCAGAGGGUAACGCUACAUUUUUCACGUUAGCAGAUUAUAAUGACACUUUUGAAGGUGGCAUUUCCUUCAAAGAAGGGCAAACAGCGCAGUUAAUCGAACAAAAUCCGGAUGGAUGGUCAUAUGUUAGAAUCCAAGGCAAAGAGGGCUGGGCGCCAACAAGCUAUCUUGUUUCAAGCACGGAAAAAAAGUCUGCAGCUCCUCCUCGACCAGUCGCCCCUGUAAGCGCAAAGCCGAUUGCAAAACAAAUGCCGAACAUCGCGUCAUCUCAGUCUGGAAAAGGUGUAAGUUAUGCUCAGUCGCAGCAAAGGAAGCCGUUACCAGUUCCUGCAAAGAAUACCACCAAAAUGGCUGUCUCUUCACUGAAUUCAGUUCCUAAGAAACCUGAUCUUCCGGCCAAACCUCAAGUAAAACCACGUUCGAAGAUCUGGCCUCCAGAAGUGUCAGUGAAAUCAUCGAUUACGAAACCAACUCGUGUUCCUGUGAAACAGAACAUCUUCUGCAAAGCCUUAGAGUCUUUCUCCUCUGAAAAUGGUGAAGGUUUAUCGUUUUGUACUGGAGACGAAUUUGAGUUUGUAGAAGACUCCAAUAAUGGGUGGUGGUUGGUCAAGACAAAGGGUGGAAAGGAAGGUUGGGUACCAGCAUCAUACUUAGAGAGGGUGAAUAUUAAACCAGUAGCGCCCAAAAGACCAGCAAAACCAGACCCUCCAAAGAAGGUGCAACACCAAGAUACGAAAACUGUUUAUGUAGCUAUGGCAGAAUACGCUGACGAAGGGGAUCAAGAUUGUAUCAGCUUUAAAAAAGGCGAUCGCAUGGAAGUGCUUGAAAUGGAUGAGGGAGGUUGGUGGUUAGUUACGAUUGGAGGAAAGUCCGGUUGGGCGCCAUCAAAUUUUUUGAAACCUUUGGAAUGAACUGAAUUCAGAGUAAGAAUGAUUCAAAAAUGAGUAACAGCCAAGGUUGAAGGACUUCUUAAUUUCUCAGGCAGCAUUAGGGCCCCGUCCACACGCAUCCGGAUAUUUUUGAUUCUGCAACUUUUUCGUUGCGGAUUGGUCUUCCGUCCACACUUACCUGGUGACGGUUGAUGAAUCUGCAACUUUUUGAAACACUUCUCAGAGUGCAAUACGCGUUAACGAUUGAAUCCGUCUAUUUUAGAAUACAGGGUAAUUUAGUAUUAUCAACUGAGUUGAUAACGUAAAUUGGCCACCAUGAAGAGUUUCAAAGCUCGCGUUUCGAGCGUUUGCCCUUCGUCCGAGCGAAUAAGGAGGGCUAACGUUGUCGACAUUUUUGAUGGUUUUGGCCGCUCUGCUCAUCGUGAUUUUAACCAAUAACUCGACCUCAUGAUUUUUCCAAAUAAAGGACUCUCCUUUACAUAUCUUUUGUUUGAUUGUGACAUCUUUUCUCGUACUUAGCCAGUCUUCCAAGCGACACGUGUUGAAACUUCAAGUAUAAAAAAAUAGGCUGCUAAUAUUAAUCGCAGCCUCAAGUCUCUUGAUAGAGCACAUGCUCUGUUGGAGAAAGCGUUGAGAUAUCCGGAUGCGUAUCGAAUUCAUGUGAACGGACUAAAACGAUUCGAAUGUGGUACGUGUGGACGCGAAUUUUCAUUAGACCCGCAUCGGGAAAGUUGGGAAUCAAAAAAUAUUCGAAGAAGUUUGGAAACUGUUUCUGACUCCCUUAAGCAAAGGGAGCUGACUUACCUGUUGGCGUUAAACUAGUGAGGGGUGAAACAGUGGCUUUUUCAUACUAUUAGAUCAUUUCUUCUCAUUAAGAGAUCCUAUUAGUAUGUCGGUGUGGGUUUGAAAUAAACUGGUGACAUAAUGCUUUCUCUUUUUAAAA